UGAUACCAGAGAAUCAGAUCAGACAGGGAUGGCAACAGUUUACCCAUUUCUUCUAUGGUGUGUGAUGCUGCUGGACUGCCGGCUGUGCUGGGGAGGUAAGUCCUUCUCUCACUGCCGAUGGUUUUAGUAGGUUUCUCACUAGUAACAAGUAUACCACUCUCACAGUUGUACACCAGCAGUAACUGCUGCAGCCUUACCAUCUCUCUCUGGCCUUCCAGCCCCAGUGUUCCUGUCGGGCCAGGCAGCAGACAGUGUGCUGAGGAGACAGCGGUGCCACAACACUGGGGUGUUCGAGGAUAUGUUAUGGGGGAACCUGGAGAGAGAGUGUCUGGAGGAAAGGUGUGACCUGGAGGAGGCCAGGGAGGCCUUCGAGAACGAUGAGAAAACAGUGAGUGUGUGUGGACGUGUGUGUGGGGGGAGGGCUGUGGGUGUUAGAGUCCUUGCAGAAUGUAUUGUGUUAUGAAUGAGUUAACUUAUGAUAUUCUGAAGAUUCUGUAUGAAUUUUUCAGAUGGAGUUUUGGGUCGGUUAUGAGGGUAAGGCUUUGCUUAAUGAUUAACUGUUGUGUUGGCACACACAGAGAGGACUAAGAUGUGACUCAGAGCUGUGUGUGUCUGGUGUGUGCUUUGUGAGUAUCAAACUAAUGUUUAUCAGUGUGAAUCUUGGUAUAACAUGUAAAUUGUGUAAUAUGUCAAUAAUGAUGAGUGUUAUGUCUCAGAUGGGGACCAGUGUAAGUCGUCCCCCUGUCUGAACCAGGCGUCCUGUAAUGACCAGAUGGGCUCCUACACCUGCACCUGUCUACCAGGCUACAAAGGAAUGAAUUCCAAAUCAAAUCAAAUUUUAUUUGCCACAUGCACCGAAUACAACAGGUGUAGACAUUACAGUGAAAUGCUUACUUACAAGCCCUUAACCAACAAUGCAAAGUUUAACAAAUAAAAAAAAGUGUUAAGCAAAGAAAAUAAAAAUAAAUAACUAAAGAGCAGCAGUAAAAUAAAAUAAUAGUAGGGAGGCUAUAUACAGCGGGGUACUGGUGCAGAGUCAAUGUGCGGGGGCACCGGCUAGUCGAGGUAAUUGAGGUAAUAUGUACAUGUGGGUAGAGUUAAAGUCACUAGGCAUAGAUAAUAAACAGAGUAGCAGCAGAGUAAAAAAGGGGGAUGGGGUGGGGGUGGGGGGGGCAGUGCAAAUUGUCCGGUUAGCCAUGAAUAGCUGUUCAGGAGUCUUAUGGCUUGGGGGUAGAAGUUGUUGAGAAGCCUUUUGGACCUAGACUUGGCGCUCCGGUACCGCUUGCCGUGCGGUAGCAGAGAGAACAGUCUAUGACUAGGGUGGCUGGAGUCUUUGACAAUUUUGAGGGCCUUCCUCUGACACCGCCUGGUGUAGAGGUCCUGGAUGGCAGGAAGCUUGCCCCCAGUGAUGUACUGGUCCGUACGCACUACCCUCUGUAGUGCCUUGCGGUCGGAGGCCGAGUAAUUGCCAUACCAGGCGGUGAUGCAACCAGUCAGGAUGCUCUUGAUGGUGCAGCUGUAUAACCUUUUGAGGAUCUGAGGACCCAUGCCAAAUGUUUUCAGUCUCCUGAGGGGGAAUAGGCUUUGUCGUGCCCUCUUCACGACUGUCUUGGUGUGUUUGGACCAUGAUAGUUUGUUGGUGAUGUGGACACCAAGGAACUUGAAGCUCUCAACCUGUUCCACUACAGCCCCGUCGAUGUGAAUGGGGGCGUGCUCAGUCCACUUUUUUUUUUCUUCCUGUAGUCCACAAUCAUCUCCUUUGUCUUGAUCACGUUGAGGGAGAGGUUGUUAUCCUGGCACCACACGGCCAGGACUCUGACAUCCUCCUUAUUGGCUGUCUCAUCGUUGUCUGUGAUCAGGCCUACCACUGUUGUGUCGUCGGCAAACUUAAUGAUGGUGUUGGAUUCGUGCCUAACCAUGCAGUCAUGGGUGAACAGGGAGUACAGGAGGGAACUGAGCACGCACCCCUGAGGGGCCCCCGUGUUGUGGAUCAGCGUGGCAGAUGUGUUGUUACCUACCCUUAGCACCUGGGGGCGGCCUGUCAGGAAGUCCAGGAUCCAGUUGCAGAGGGAGGUGUUUAGUCCAAGGAUCCUUAGCUUAGUGAUGAGCUUUGACGGCACUAUGGUGUUGAACGCUGAGCUGUAGUCAAUGAAUAGCAUUCUCACGUAGGUGUUCCUCUUGUCCAGGUGGGAAAGGGCAGUGUGGAGUGCAAUAGAGAUUGCAUCAUCUGUGGAUCUAUUGGGGCGGUAUGCAAAUUGGAGUGGGUCUAGGGUUUCUGGGAUAAUGGUGUUGAUGUGAGCCAUGACCAGCCUUUCAAAGCACUUCAUGGCUUCAGACGUGAGUGCUACGGGUCGGUAGUCAUUUAGGCAGGUUAUUUUAGUGUCAUUGGGUACAGGGACUAUGGUGGUCUGCUUGAAACAUGUUGGUAUUACAGACUCGGUCAGGGACAGGUCGAAAAUAUCAGUGAAGACACUUGCCAGUUGGUCAGCGCAUGCUCAGAGUACACAUCCUGGUAAUCCGUCUGGCCCUGCGGCCUUGUGAAUGUUGACCUAUUUAAAGGUCUUACUCACAUCGGCUACGGAGAGCGUGAUCUCACAGUCGUCCAUAACAGCUGGUGCGCUCAUGCAUGUUUCAGUGUUGCUUGCCUCGAAGCGCGCAUAGAAGUUAUUUAGCUCGUCUGGUAGGCUCGUGUCACUGGGCAGCUCGCAGCUGUGCUUCCCUUUGUAGUCCGUAAUAGUUUGCAAGCCCUGCCACAUCCAACGAGCGUUGGAACCGGUGUAGUACGAUUCAAUCUUAGUCCUGUAUUGACGCUUUGCCUGUUUGAUGGUUUGUCAGAGGGCAUAGCGGGAUUUCUUAUAAGCGUCCGGGUUAGAGUCCCGCUCCUUGAAAGCUCAGUGCGGAUGUUGCCUGUAAUCAUUUCCAUUUUAGUCAUUUAGCAGACGCUCUUAUCCAGAGCGACUUACAGUUAGUGAGUGCAUACAUUUUCAUACUGGCCCCCCGUGGGAAACGAACCCUGGCGUUGCAAGCGCCAUGGUCUACCAACUGAGCUACAGGGGUUGGGGUAUGUAUGUACGGUCACUGUGGGGACGACGUCAUCAAUGCACUUAUUGAUGAAGCCAGUGACUGAUGUGGUGUACUCCUCAAUGCCAUCAGAAGAAUCCCUGAACAUAUUCCAGUCUGUGCUAGCAAAACAGUCCUGUAGCUUAGCAUCUGCUUCAUCUGACCGCUUCCGUAUUGAGUGAGUCACUGGUACUUCCUGCUUUAGUUUUUGCUUGUAAGCAGGAAUCAGGAGGAUAGAAUUAUGGUCAGAUUUGCCAAAUGGAGGGCGAGGGAUAGCUUUGUAUGCGUCUCUGUGUGUGGAGUAAAGGUGAACUAGAGAUUUUUCCCUCUGGUUGCACAUCUAACAUGCUUUUAGAAAUUAGGUAAAACGGACACUAGUAGCGCCACUUCUGUAUGAGCAUUUUCUUGUUUGCUUACGGCCUUAUACAGCUCGUUGAGUGUCUUAGUGCCAGCAUCGGUUUGUGGUGGUAAAUAGACAGCUACGAAAAAUAUAGAUAAACUCUCUUUGUAAAUAGUGUGGCCUACAGCUUGUCAUGAGAUACUAUACCUCAGGCGAGCAAAACCUUGAGACUUCAUUCAUAUUAGGAUUUCGGGCACCAGCUGUUAUUGACAAAUAGACACAGACCGCCACCCCUUGUUUUACCAGAGGCAGCUGUUCUAGCUUGCCGAUGCACGGAAAAUCCAGCCAGCUGUAUGUUAUCCAUGUCGUCGUUCAGCAACGACUCGUGAAACAUAAGAUAUUACAGUUUCGUUGGUAGGAUAGUCUUGAUCGGAGCUCAUCCAGUUUAUUAUCCAAUGAUUGCACAUUGGCUAAUAGGACUGAUGAUAGAGGCGGGUUACCCACUCGCUGUCGUAUUCUUACAAGGCACCACGACCUACGACCCCUAUAUCUCCAUCUCUUCUUCAUGCGAAUGAUGGGGAUUUGGGCCUUGUCCAGUGUCUGAAGUAAAUCCUUCGCGUCAGACUCGUUAAAAAAAAAAUCUGGUGAGUAAUCACUGUUCUGAUAUCCGGAAGCUCUUUUCGGUCAUAAGAGAUGGUGGCAGAAAAAUUAUGUACAAAAUAAGUUACAAAUAACGUGAAAAAACACACACAAUAGCACAGUUGGUUAGGAGCCCAUAAAACGGCAGCCAUCUCCUCUGGCGCCAUUAUUAAAAAUAAAAUAAAAAAUGGUGUCUAUUUUAUUGUAUUCAUGACUAAUCCCUAACUGAAAACUAAAUUCUAGGAUGAUACAUUUCGAUUGACUAUAGAUGGAAUACUUGAUCGCUUAAUUUAUUGUACCACUCCAGGGGAGCAUAACAUCUAUGCCAAAGAGGGCACAGAGCAGGACCAUGAGGUGUCGAAGCAGUACAAACACCCUCUCUACGACUCCCAGCAGAGUCUGUACAAUCAUGAUAUCGCCAUGCUGCGCCUCCACACCCACCAUCCCCUUCUCCUCACACGCCAGUCCCAUCUGCCUGGGGCCCAAGGUCUUCACCAAGGACUUGGUGAAGGAUGAGUCCCAGGCUACGAUCAGCGACUGGGGUCGCACACGCUUCCAGGGGGCCACGUCUCACACAUUACAGAAGGUUGAGAUGCCAUUUACAGAGAGAACGCAGUAUAAGGAUAGCAGUAGUGUAUCACCAAGUAUAUGUUCUGUGCCGGCUGACGUGGCCAAAGACUUGUGCCAGGGGGACAGCGUGGGUCCCCAUACCAACCAUUACCAUGAAACCUGGUUCCUGACUGGGAUAGUGAGCUGGGGGGAGGAGUGUGCCAAGGAGGGGAAGUAUGGGGUGGAGACCAGAGUAGCAUUACUA